CAAUUGAACUGCAAGGAAAAUAAGCUUCACACACAACUUCAAUUUACACAACUUCAAUUUCGCUGAAGAACAAAGAGAAUAAUGCAGCUCGCCAACAUUCCUCUUUUUGGCCUUGUUCUCCUGUUCUUAAAUAUGCCGCUGAGCAGCGAGUAUCCUGUCUACAACGGUUUACUGACCAAUGAUGACAUGGAGGUCUUAAAUGUGAGCCCCUUUUAGGCUAUACAGCCUUAUAUCUGCCUUUGAGGGAUGUCUUGUUCCGGAAAUAUCUAGUAGUUUAUAAUCCCUAGACGUUGAAGCCCAAGGGUAUCAUUAAAACUGUUUGUUCAAACGUGUUUUUGACAUUGCAGGUACUUCUCCAUCAACUUGAAAAGUCCUUUCCUGAGCGGAGUGAGGUCGAGCAAGUCUCCACAGAAAAGUUGGACGACGUCACUCCCGAAGACAUGGCAAUGGUUGCAGAGGAUGAGAGAGAGCAACCACAAACAAGACUGGACAAAGCCGUCAUAAGAGAGUUCCUCUCGGCUCGGGACCUGAAAACUGUCCGAAACGACUCAACAUCAAAAAGAUACUCAGGCUGCUUCGGGCGAAGGAUGGACCGAAUUGGCUCAAUGAGCUCUCUUGGAUGCACCACGGUUGGCAAAUACAGUGAGUAUAGUUCAGGUUUAGAUGGUAUAGGCUACUGUGCAUCAGAUACAAUCUCUUAAUCAAAUAGUGUCCAAGUAGUUGACGCCAAAACAGUGUGGUAAAGUUGUCUGAUAUCCAUUGUGAGAGUUCUAAUGUUAAGAGACAAACUUAUGUUGUCUAAUGUCUUGUUUUCUCUAUUUUCAGAUGCAAAGAGAAGAUGAAGUCUUACACAUAACCUGGAACAGCAACGUCAUUACUUACCAAAAUGUAUUCUUAUUUAUAGGCUACGUAUUUAUUUUAUUAUAUUUAUUGAACUUUGUUUAUUGCCAAUAUAUUUAUUUGAACUGAUGUAAGAUGGUGUCAUGGUGUACAAUAAAUGUUUACAACUGAG